UCAGUAUCGCUACCUACACCGCUGUCGUCGCAUGUGCGCCGCUAGCGAGCAACGACAGACAAUAAUUAUUACUAUUAUCGCCGCCGCCGCCGUAGUCCGGACAAUUGCCGCAGCACGCGCGCACCUCGUCGCCGGCCGGUACCCGUCGUAUUCCGUCGUCCGCCGUCGCCAGACGCUCGCACGCGCAUACACCGCCCGCCGCCGCGAUUCGGACCCGAGCGAAAGGGUCUGUUCGACCGGCGAACGCUCUUCAGUCGUUGGACUUCGCGCAACUCUUCCGGGUGUCGAGUGAAUCGGAACUGCUCUCCGAGCACUCUUCUUCGCGUGCAUCGCCGCCGCCGCCACCGCGAACUUACCGAUAUUUUACCAACUGAUUAUUUUUUUUUAAUAUUCGGCAAUCGUUUAUAAGACUAUUAUUUUUCAUACAGUGCGUUUUCGCGUAUUCUGCGAUUUGUUUUGUCUAUACAUUUUUUGUGUUCGUAUAUAUUUUGAUAUUUUAUCAAAAACUUUUGAUACAAAAAAAAAAAAAAAAAAUUAAAAAUAUAAUACAACUUAAAAUUGGAAAUAUUGCGAUUCGUCUUCAGAAAAAAAAGAAGAAAAAAAAACGGAUCAGACAUGGCCGUACCGUUCAGACCGCCGUCGCACAAUUCCGAUACAGCAAGGGAUCAUUAUUUACGAAUUGAAAAUCUGCUCAGAGAAUUAUUGACACUGCUCAGUCGAAUGCCCUCUUGGAUGAGUGGUGAUCUAUCUAGCUAUUCAAACAAUGGCAUCAACAUAUCUCCUCAGACUGUCCCUCCUGCACAAUCGUUAGAAGAAAGGGACCGUCUUUGGGUACAACAACAGCAACAUUCGAUUCGCAUGUUCCACCGUCGGCGUUUACGCGAACGCCAACAGCAGGAGCGACGCGAGCAACAACAAGUAGUCGAGGAAGAACAAGAGUCACAGCAACACGCUGAGCAACAGCAAGUACUGUUGCCCGACUUGGUCACGUCAUGUGGACCGACAGUGCGCCAACAACCGCCGCCGCCGCCACCGCCACCGUCGUCGCAACAGCGACCGGAACAACAUCAGUCCGCGGUCGACGACGACAAAUUCGUCGACGCCGUCAAACUUCAGGUUGCCGUGUGCCCGACUUGCUAUUACGGCAAAGAGCGCAAGCUGAAGGUGAUCGGAGUCGCCAAGUUGGACGGGAACGGCAAACCGAUCCGCUGGAGCACCCACCGCGAAGACGAAGAACUGUUAGUUAUCGAGGAUAAGAGUACAAAAGUAAAACGACGAAUCAUGUCGCUGCUUCAGCCAUCAAAAAUCGAAUCGUCUGUACUCACCGCCAUGUUCGUAAUCAUCGGCUGGAAAAUGUUCAUCAAACAAUAAUGUAAUUUUGUUUUUAGAAUUAGAGAGAGAGAGAUAGCGAAAAAAACAAUUUUUUUCCACACCUAUAUAAAAAGACUCCACAACCAGGUUCCAGUCACGGUUUUAGUGACUAAAACAAAUUUUAAUUUUAAUGUUAAUCAAAUUGACCGUUGAUCUCAAUUUACUAAAAUGUGAGAUGUUCGUAAUCGUAGCCAAAUGUAGUAUUUAAUUUAUACUAUAUUAUAAUAAACUAUUAUUAUUUUUAUUAUUAUCGAAUAUAAUCGUCGACUUGAACGCGCGUGAACACAUUUGCAGCCGCUGCUGUUUUUGUACGUUACGAUGGUUUUUGUCGAUUAUUAUUAUUAUUAUUAUUAUUAUUAUUUUGCUUAAUAUUAACAUUAUCUUAUAAGUAUGUAUCUACCUAUUUUUAAAAUUUUUUUUUUUUGUAAUAUUAAUCUCUAUUUCUAUGCUUCAUCUGUUGUAUUUUGUCGUUUCACAUGGGAAUUCUGCGGUUUCAGUCCCAGACCUAUUCACAUUUUGAUCUCGUUUUUAUAAAACUAUAGCUUCAGAACGGCACUACCAUGGUGGUGGGGUUUUCUCUGCCUCCACGGUUUUGAAUUAGUAUGAAAUGCUAUAUUGUAUUAAUUUUUAUAUUUUUUGCUCACUGUAAAUAAGCGUUUUUAUCUUUUUAUUUGUACACACAUACACUCGCGCUGCGUCAUUUUUAUUACUCAUUUAUUUUUUGAAUUUUGUCCGUUCACCACGGAAGCCGUAAAUUCUAUUUUUAUACACAGCUAAUGAAAAAAAUCGAAUUCUCUGUGGACGUUUUUCUCUUGUUUCUAUUCGUUCUACUAAUAAUAAUUAUGGUAUAGGUCAUAAUAUGAGGUGGUAUACCAGCUGGUAUAUUACAUUAACGGACUCCGAGAUCCAGUUCUGAUAUAAUAUGUAUACAUCACAAUAAAAACGACGACUAUUCAUUUCAAUAUAAUUCAUACUUUGUGCGUCGAGGAAUCAUAAAAUAAAAUAUCAUUAUUAUGAUCGCUUUGUAAAUAAAUUAAUCUUAGUAUAUUAUAAUAUGCUUGUUGCAUGCAGCGAGAUAUUAACUUCCUACGUAUAUUAUAAUAUACGAUAAUAUGUAUAGAGUGUUUUUUUUUUUUUGGUUUUCUUUUUUUUUACAUUUUUUAUUAUUUUGAAAAGCAUUUCUGUGGUGUUAAAUAAAACUUGGACGCCGUCGGGGCCUUUCAUAUGCUUCGAGCUUAAACCAUUCUUUGCGAAUUUCCUCCCGGCGACGAUCCUCGUUUCGCCCAUCAAAGCGUUUCUGUGAUAAUGCCAUUAUUUUUUUUUUAUCUAUUGAAUUAUAUAUUUAUCUAAUAAAUCUAUGGCAUUUCUUGUGUUUUUUACGGUUCCUCAAAGAAUCGUAAUAUUUUAUAUUAUAUGUACUUUGUAAAUUAAUAUAUUGAUAAGGUUUUUUUAAAUUAUUAUUAUUAUUAUUAAUAGGUUGAUCUCUUUUUCAUAGUACUUAAGUAGAUAGUGUUCUUAGCUAUUAGUUUAAUAUUAGUAUUAAUUAGUAGAUAAUAUUAUUACACUUUAGAUUUAAUGAUGUUGAUGUUGAAUAUUGUUAAUAUGGUCAUCUCUCUCUUCGGUUCACUAAAUAGAAAUAAAAAAUUAUUAUUAUGAAAUGUACCUACUUGCGGUGCAAAAGAUCAUCAUAAUUAAAAAAAAAAAUGUAAAAACUUAAUACAUAAGUUUAUGUAAUUAUUGGAAGACUAUUGAUUAUAAGCGUUUUGUGAUCCAAAAUUUUUUAUUACUGUAGAAAUAGAUUUUUUAAAUAUUUAUUUUAUCAUAAUUAUUAUAACAUAUAAUAUAUAAUAUGUAAAUACACGAUUAAUUUUUAUUCAAACACUUGGAGAUAUUUAUUUUAAAAUUAAAAGAAAAAAAUCAUUUGGUCGUCGAACAAUCGUUACAAAAUUAUAUGUGUGUAUAUCAAUUCAUUCUAUGUUAUAUAAUGUACAUUUUCGUAUUUACAAUAAUGGUUAAAAAAAAAAAAAUAAUAAUAACAACACUGCCCAAGUAUUUAUAAUAUCAUGUCAGUAUAUACGCAAACGCGUUGUACCUUUCUGCCAACUCCAUUGUUAUAAUAUUAUAAUAAUAUUAUAUUAUAUAGACUUCUCUCCCCGCGGUCUUUGGUAUUUUUCUCCCUCGUGUAUUAUUGUAUAUUAACACAUUUUAUAGUUCCGUAUAAUGAUGUAUAGUUUUAGAGCUAUUUUUUUUUUAUAUUAUAUUAUCCAUAGUACCUUAUAUAUAUAUAACAUAAUAUACUUCGCGGCAUAUAAAUGUGCACCUCGCCGGUUUCCGGCGAGUUAGCACACUGCGUCUUGCUACCGAUGUCUUUCCUUUGUAUUAUAAUAAUAUAAUAUUUUAAUAUUAUAUAUAAAUGUUGUUUGUAAGCAGAAUUUGAAUAUUAUUGUGUACGCAUAUAUAUAUAUAAUAUGUAACUAUCGUUGUCCGAACGGAUCGUAUGUAUGCAUGAUAUUAUUAUUAUUACUAUUAUUAUUGAAGAAAAAUAAAAAUAAAUCGUAUACUAUACAAUA